AUGAGGUUAUAUGGGCAAGCUCAAAACCGGCUGGAUGAAUGCCGAGAGGAAUGCUACCAAAUAAGAGAAUCUUUGGAAGGGGCUCAUGAAGAUAUUACAGAAGGUGAGUUCGCAUAUGAUGAGUUAAAGCAGAAAUUACGCAUCUUAGGAUUAACUCAUAUUGCAUGGCGAGCUCGUAAUUUAAGACAGGUUCAAAUCUUAAACGUGGAAUUUAAUACAGCGAAGAUCGCUUGGAGGAAUCAAAAAGAUAGAAAUCGGCAUAUUACUCAAGAAUUGCAAAAUUGUCAGAAACAUGCAGAAAUUUACAAAAUGAUAAG